CUGAGGGUAAUAUCAGCCACUUCUCAGUUCCGUGGCAUAGGGUGUUUCCCAAGACCUCUGUGCAAGCUAUAAAAGUAGGCGAGCGAGCUGCUCCCAUCAUCGUUAGAGCCGGACCGGAGGAAGCGCAGUCGGGUCUCUCUGUCCAGAGCCGACACCGAGACUGUCACCCAGCUCCUACAGCAAGAAGUCCAGCCCACAGAAGCCCUGCCAAGAUGGGAAAAAUCAUCAUUUACGAGCAUGCCAACUUCCAAGGUUACUCCAGAGAAUUCACUAGUGACAUUGCCAAUCUAAAAGAUGUAGAUUGGAAUGAUUGUGUCUCCUCAGUGAAAGUAUUCGGCCAGCCUUGGGUGGCUUAUGAGCACAGCAAUUACAGAGGCCAGCUGCUGGUGUUUGAGGAGGGAGAACAUGGCUUUGUUGGCAGAGAGAUGAAUGAUAAGAUCACUUCUCUGCAGCUGAUCACUGAAAAUCUGUGCAGUCCCCAGAUCACUCUCUACGAACAUGCCCAUUACCAAGGGAAGAGCAGGGUGAUAAGAGAAGCAACCAACCUUGCCAGGGGACAUGACAACGACAUCAUAUCUUCCCACAAAGUCCAGCGCGGUGUCUGGCUGUUGUGUGAACACAGCGAUGGGAGCGGUUUUCGCUACAUUGCGAGAGAAAAUGAGCACCUCCCAUAUUACGGUGCCAUCAAUUUCAAUGACAAGCUCUCGUUUCUGCGUCCCCUGAUCCCUGGCAGGAGCUGAGGCUGUUGGGCUGCAAAACCUGCAGCGCUGAGGCAAGAUGCAGCCCCAGCAGGAGAUGCAGACCCAGAUCCCUGUCUGUACUUGUACUGCUUUUUCCCGCUGCAUCACGCUGAAUGGGAGAGCUCUUCCCUGCUGCACUGCGCACCUGCCUGCCCCAGUCCUGCCUUGCACUGCUCUGCCUCCCUACGGUGCCUGCAAACGCAAGAGCUAUCAUACGUCGUCAAACGAAAGACACUCAAAGAUAAGAGGCAUGCCAGGGGUGUGCAGCCUAUUGCACCUGUAUUUUGAUUUUUCCAUACUAAAUAAUGUAAAAGCAUUGCACGUAGCUUCUGUUGCUAAAUACAUAAACAAAACAUGUUUAACCAGCAUCACUUUGUGAUUUGUUUUACAGCACUCUUGCUUUACACAGCCUCUGCCAUUAUAUUUUUGCUUUCCAUUUUGCACUGUUGCCAUUAGAAAAGCCAUUGAAAGCAA